AUGUUUAGUCUUUGGGAUAAAUAAUCUUUUUUAUUAAAUAAUGAUGUAAUAAUAAUUGGCGGAGGUAUAUCUGGUCUUUCAUGUGCUUCUUCAAUAUUAGAAACAUAUCCCGAAAAAAAAGUAAUAAUACUUGAAAGAGGUUAAACUCCAUAAGGUGCAUCUACAAAAAAUGGUGGAGAACAUUAAGGAAGAAUACUUGUUGGAGGAGGACUUGAUUAAGAAUAUAUUAAUGAAUCAUCUUGUGAUCUAGUUAAUUCUUAAGUAUUGUAAAAUAAAAUAUUGAACUUUUUAAAUGAAUGUAUACUUUUAAAUACUCCAUAUGAAAUAGAUUUUAAUUGGUCAGGAAUUAUGGCUAUUUCUAAAAAAGAUAUAACUUUAAUUGAUUAUUUAAUUGAUAAAGAAAGUGAGAAUGUAUUUUAUGUGGGUAGAUAUUGUGGAAGAGGAAUGAUUUUAUCAAGUAUUGCAGGAGAAGAAAUGAGAAAUUUAGUAUAUUAAGGAAAAUCUAGACUUUGA